AUGGCUCCGGCCGCCGACCGGGAGGGCUACUGGGGCCCGCCGACCUCCACCUUGGAGUGGUGCGAGGAGAACUACGCCGUCUCCUACUACAUCGCCGAGUUCUGGAACACAGUGAGUAACCUGAUUUUCAUUCUACCUCCAGUCUAUGGUGCGAUUCAGACCUAUAAAGAUGGCCUUGAAAAACGGUAUUUAGCUGCAUAUUUGUGUCUUACAGCUGUGGGAUUGGGAUCUUGGUGCUUCCACAUGACCCUGAAGUAUGAAAUGCAGCUGUUGGAUGAACUGCCAAUGAUAUACAGUUGUUGUGUGUUUGUCUACUGCCUGUAUGAAUGUUUCAAGUACAAGAACACAGUCAAUUAUCCACUCCUUUUCUUAUUAAUAACAUACAGCUUCGUAGUCAGCAUAAUUUACUUAAAUUUGAAAGAGCCUGUAUUCCAUCAGAUCAUGUAUGGAACGCUAGUUUCCAUUAUAGUUCUACGAUCUGUUUAUAUAGUAUUAUGGGUAUACCCAUGGCUUAGAGGUCUAGGCUACACAUCUUUAACUGUAUUUUUAAUGGGAUUUUUUCUCUGGAAUGUGGACAACAUUUUCUGUGAUAAAUUGAGAGCACUACGAGAGAAGAUGCCUCCUGUUGUGGGAGCUGUGACACAGUUUCAUGCGUGGUGGCAUAUUCUCACAGGCCUGGGCUCUUACCUUCAUAUCCUGCUAAGUUUAUACACAAGGACACUUUUCCUGAAACACAGGCCAAAGGUGAAGUUUCUUUUUGGAAUAUGGCCUGUUCUUCUUGUGGAGCCGCCCAAGAAGCUUUGACUGAGACGCAGGCGGUCACAUGCGAUCACCUAGCCAGCUGAAUAAAGCGAUUCAACAAUUACUAUGGCUGAAGUGUCAAAAUUAUGGAUCAAUUCAAGUACCGUUGCUAUAAAAGGACUUCUCUGUGUUACUAGGCCAGCCGGCCAGAACAGAGCAAAGAGUUGGCGCACUAGGGAAAUAAUGUUUAGUACAGCUUUAUUCUAAGUUGUUAAAACAAAGAUUAAGACACAAUAUUUUUAUGUAUAUAUUGUAUAGCUGAUGAUACUGAGCUAAUAUUUCGUGCUGGUCACAGAAAACUAACCAUUUUUGAAGUGGAUUGCAUACAGUUUUCAUUCAGUUGUUGUUCUUUCUGUGGUUUAAACUACUGUUAGUAACUGAAUGACAAAAACAGGCCAUUGAUGGCCAAGCUAAGGAUUUGUGUGGCCUAUAGUGAGCUGAAUGCUUAACCUGAACUACUUUAAUCUUGCACUUUUAUACAAUUAAUGAAGUAUGUAGUGGUUGAUUUAGGGCUUUAUUCUGUCUUGCUUUUCCACAGCCUCCUUUGCAAUCUAUAUUUUAAGCAAAAUGGUUGGGAUACCUGUGCCAUUUAGUUAAUUUUGUACCAAGCUUC